AUGAGCUCCGGGUACCAGUCGUGGGCUGAUGCCGGGAGGGCGUUCAGUCGGACGGUGGACUUCAACGCCACGCAGGGUCUGAACGCGGACCAGGGCCGGUUCGACUUCGCGUACAACCCGGCGCAGCAGGCGUCGAUGACGUACGACGCGAAGCAGGGGCGCUACGUGCACGGCAUCCGGGCGCGGCCCGCGCGGCGCGUCCUGCGCGUGGCGUUCGAGGCCGAGAAGCAGAAGCAGUCGGCGCGCGACAUCGACGAGUGGUUCGCGAAGCCCGGCGGGCGGCGGCACCUGAGCGCGGCGCACGCGCAGCUGCAGAUGCACAACGAGCAGCGGCUGGGCGAGGACGCGCGCGACAAGCAGCGCAUCCGGCGGUGCCAGAACACGCAGCACCGGCGGCUGUUCAACACGAGCGGGGACAACUGCCUGUCGCCGGAGCCGGGCGGCGACGUGGACGACCGGCUGCAGACGUGGGACGGCACGUACCUGCACAGCAAGCCGCGGCCGCGGACGGCGCACCCGCUGACGAGCGCGCGGUACGCGGCGCGCUACAUGUACGACGACAAGCGGCGCGAGGACAACGAGUUCGACGACAAGCGCAUGGCCGCGAUGCAGGCCGACCGGCAGCGGCACGUGCAGCACGUGGAGCAGCAGCGCAGCGGGCUGAUGGACCUCGUGACCGAGUACCCGCACGGCAUCCCGAAGCACAUAGAGCGGAAACUGCGCGGCAGCGGGCUCAACUUCGGCGACACGACCUCGCACUCCAACAUGACGGCGCCCUUCACGCGCCCGGGGUACCGCCCCUGA